UGAUUUUAUUUACCUAUUUAUUAAUCCAAACUCAUUAUUUUAAUUUAAAAAAAAAAUUAAAAAAAAAAUACCCGCUUUUUUCUCAAUUUCCCUCCAAGAAUAUGGCCAACAAGAAUUUUUCCCCUGCUUCGCGCCACAAACAAGCGUCCCCUGCACCGUCUUCCUCCACCGAUUCGCCUCUUUCCGAUGAUUCUCCGGCCAUGUAUCCCGUUGAAUACGAGCGGGUCGUCGGUGCUUUCAUGUUUGGGGACCAUAUCAGAGCCUUGGAGCUCGUCGAUGACGCCCUUUCCAGCUACCCGGAUUCGGCCCUUCUCCGCAGCACCCGAAACGUCAUUCACUACAGAGCCGCUUCCUUGCUCAGAGACCAGAAGUCCAAGGUUGAAUACCUGAAGAAAGCGGCCGAGUUCGCAGGCCUUGCCUUCGCUAUGGCACCGAACUCCAUCUCCUGCGCUAGAUUGAACGUCGCCAUGCUUUUCGAGCUGACGGAGAUCGCCUCCCCUACUUCAGUCUCCGAUUACGAAGAAGUAAUCCGGCAUUGCGAGAACGCUUUGAUGUUAAAGAACCCAGCGGACCCUCUUGAGGGUAGCUUGGGAAAGACCAAGGCCGAGCGAGUCUUGUCGGUCAGAAAGGAGUUCUUAACGGUCAUCGAGAAGGCCAAGACGAGGAUCAAUUUUCUUGGAGGUGCGAAUAGUAAGGACUGGUUGAAGAAGCUUGUAGAGAAUGAUUUUCUGUCGUCCGUAAAAAAGGGUUUUGAGAACAUAGAACAGUUAAGGAAAGAGAUCACAGAGCCGAUGCCGCUGAAGGCCAUAUUUCCAGCGUCGAGUCGAGCCUCGAAGGAUGAUCGGCUCACGGAGAAAAGAAAGAAUCAAAAUCUCAAGAAACUGAUGUCCAACGUCGGCAAGACAGGUCGAGUCAGGACUUACUGGAACAACAUGGAUAUCGAAGAAAGGAAGGAAUUAUUCACUAUAAGAAUAGAAGAUCUCAUAGCGUAUUUGGAUAAGAACAAGCUGGCGAUGGUGAAGGAGACUUUGGUAGAAGCGAUAGAUUUCGCUAAAGUGAAAAGGAAAUGGAAGUUUUGGGAAUGUUGUUGUUGCGAAGGAAGGUUUUCGGUCGGUGAAUGGAAUUUGGACCACAUUGGGGAUAUGCAUAUAGCUCCCCAGUCCGGGAACAUACAAUCCGCUGCUCCGGAAUUCUUAGCUCCUGACUUGGCACAUAACCUGCUUCAAGCUGAUGUAUGGAAGCCUGUGGAUUCUAUUUCUGAGGCCAAGAUUAUGGAAGACCUGCCGUCUACUGCAGAUAAUGGCUCUGAAGGUUUUAAUGUUAGUCAGUGGCAUUAUUGUGAUGAUAGAAAGCGCGCUGAUAUCAUCGAGAAAAUUCGCUCAUGCCUGCAAAUGUUUAUGCAAAUAAAUUGUCUUGCUUCUAGCCAUCUCACUAUGCUGCUGACCAUGACAAUGGACAUGCUGCAAAAUCGCAUCCCAAGAUCGAUUCUCGAGGAUCAUGGACUGCACCAGACACUCCGCUCGAUAUGCUUAUUGGAAGUGCCGGAGCUUGAACGCGUUCUUGAUUGCUUGGAAGAUCUGGCUUGUGCUUGCUCAUUGCGUUUUCUUUGUGAGCGUUUCUCGAUAGAAGAAUCGAUAGGUUAUCAGGGACCUUGCUUUAAAGAGAGGAUUGUUUUCAGCAGCGACUUCUCUUGCCUCCAUCUGGAUGAGCGAUCGCUGCUGCGAGGACAGAUUGAUGCGCCGGAUGAUGGGAUUGCAGUGGCGUCAACUAUUGCGGAGGAUUGUGGUAAUGAUGAGGCAGAGCUGUCUGCGGAUAGUGACCCUAUUGUUUAUGAAUUAUGCGUUGGAGUUCCUAAAAUUGGGGAGCAGUGGAAGGAAUGGACAAGUAUGAGAGAAUCGACCAGAAAUCUGGGAAAGGGUUUGGUGAAGAUCCUUCAGAUGGAAUCUACACGUGAGCAGUUAAUGUUAGCCAGAAAACUCAGGAUUUUGAGAUACGAGGACACAUUGCUGAGUGUAGAGAGAAUAUGUGUCGAGGAAAAUAAGAAAAGGGAACUAAUUCCAGAUUACGACCCACAGAGUUUUGAGUCUCUAUUGUCGAAGCGGAAGGAGGAGCUUGAGAUGGAGGGUGAUGCUGCGAUAGAUAGCACAAGCAAUGAGAUAGAUAUCAUACUUAGUAUUCUGGAAGAAGCACAAGCAAACACUGACAUAAACAAAGCAAUCCAGAAGCAGAGGGAACAUAUAUCUCGAGAGGUUUACAAACUCGAUGCCAUAAUCCUGACAACUAAAUUCGCCGUAGGGCAGACGGGGAAGAGACUUUGGAGCGUAUUACUUCAUGACUAUCGGUUCAUUAUCGUUCCCCUGUUGAUGUCAUUUGUGCAGGCACGCCUACAGGAUAUGGUUGACAAAGAUGCUGCAGAGAAGUCUAGUACUGCAGCAGAAGCUCUGUUAGCAGAGCUUGCCGUCGAUGCCAAGAAAAACACUGAUAAAGGAGGUGUUAGUUCGAAAAAAGGAGACGGAAAGUCAAAGCGUAAAAAGAAGGGAAAAUAUCACAGCAAGGCCAAAAAUUCUGAGGGAACUGGUGGUAGUAAGGAGCGGCAUCCCUUUAAUCCCAAAAAUGUGGAACAAUAUGACAUUCCCAUAAGCCCGGAUGAAUUGGAGCAACGGGAACAGGAAGAUGUUGGUGAAGAUGUUGGUCCAAGUAAGCAGGAACAGGCGGAGGAACUUCAGCGUGAGGCUAUGGAGGUGCAAAGAAAGCUCGAGAAAGUUUUGGAGUUUCAGAGGAAAUUCGAGGAUGAGGCUAAACAAAAGCGCCGAGCUGAAAAGGCAAAGAUCGUGGGGGGAACCAGUGCUGAAAAUGUUGCGGAGGAUGUGCAUGUUGUCUUCUCCAAACUUAGCGAAGAUGUUGGUCCAAGGGAGCAGGGGCAUGACGAGGAACUUCAGCGUGAGGCUAUGGAGGUGCAAAGAAAGCUCGAGGAAGUUUUGGAGUUUCAGAGGAAAUUCGAGGACGAGGCUAAACAAAAGCGCCUAGCUGAAAAAGCAAAGAUCGUGGGGGGAACCAGUGCUGAAAAUGUUGCGGAGGAUGUGCAUAUUGUCUUCUCCAAACUUAGCGAAGAUGUUGGUCCAAGGGAGCAGGGGCAUGAAGAGGAACUUCACCAUGAGGAUGAGGAGGUACAAGGAAAGAUUGAUGAAGCUUUGGAGUUUCAGACGAAAUUAGAGGACGAGGGUAAAGAAAAGCGCCUUGCUGAAAAAGUAAAAAUUAUGGAAAAUGUUGCAGAGGAUGUACCUGUUAUCUCCUCUGAACCUGGUGAAAAUGUUGAUCCAAGUGAGCUGGAACACGAAGAAAAAUUUCAGCUCGAGGAUGAGGAGGUGCAAAGAAAGGUUGAUAAAGCAUUGGAGAUUUAUUUGAAAUUUGAGGAAGAGGUUAAAAGAGAGCUCCUUGCUGGAAAAGCAAAGAUUGAGGAAAAUGUUGUAGAGGAGGUGCCUCUACUCUCCUCUGAACCUGGUGUUGGUCCAAGUGAGCAGGAACAGGAAGGGGAACUUCAGUGUGGGGAUGAGGAGCUGCGAAGAAAGCUUGAUGAAGCUUUGGAGUUUUAUUUUAAAUUUGAGGAUGAGGCUAGACGAAAGCGCCUUGCUGAAAAAGCAAAAAUUAUUGAAAAUGUUGCAGAGGAUGUGCCUGUAAUUUCCUAUGAACCUGGUGAUGAAGGUGUUAAACUUGAUCCAAGUGAGCAGGAACAGGAAGGGGAACUUCAGCAUGGGGAUGAGGAGGUGCAAAGAAAGGUUGAUGAAAUAAAUUUUGGGGAUGAGGCUGAACGAAAGCGCCUUGCUGGAAAAGCAAAGAUUAUGGAAAAUGUUUCAAAUGAUGUGCCUGUAAUCUCCUCUGAACCUGGUGAAGGUGUUGGUCCAAGUGAGCAGGAACAGGAAGGGGAACUUCAGCGUGGGGAUGAGGAGCUGCAAAGAAAGCUUGAUGAAGCUUUGGAGUUUUAUUUUAAAUUUGAGGAUGAUGCUCGGCAAAAGUGCCUUGCUGAAAAAGCAAAAAUUAUUGAAAAUGUUGCAGAGGAUGUGCCUGUAAUUUCCUAUGAACCUGGUGGUGAAGGUGUUGGUCCAAGUGAGCAGGAACAGGAAGGGGAACUUCAGUGUGGGGAUGAGGAGCUGCAAAGAAAGCUUGAUGAAGCUUUGGAGUUUUAUUUUAAAUUUGAGGAUGAUGCUCAACGAAAGUGCCUUGCUGAAAAAGCAAAGAUUAUUGAAAAUGUUGCAGAGGAUGUGCCUGUAAUUUCCUAUGAACCUGGUGGUGAAGGUGUUAAACUUGAUCCAAGUGAGCAGGAACAGGAAGGGGAACUUCAGCAUGGGGAUGAGGAGGUGCAAAGAAAGGUUGAUGAAAUAAAUUUUGAGGAUGAUGCUCGACAAAAGUGCCUUGCGGAAAAAGCAAAUAUUAUGGAAAAUGUUGCAAAUGAUGUGCCUGUAAUUUCCUAUGAACCUGGUGGUGAAGGUGUUGGUCCAAGUGAGCAGGAACAGGAAGGGGAACUUCAGUGUGGGGAUGAGGAGCUGCAAAGAAAGCUUGAUGAAGCUUUGGAGUUUUAUUUUAAAUUUGAGGAUGAUGCUCAACGAAAGUGCCUUGCUGAAAAAGCAAAAAUUAUUGAAAAUGUUGCAGAGGAUGUGCCUGUAAUUUCCUAUGAACCUGGUGGUGAAGGUGUUAAACUUGAUCCAAGUGAGCAGGAACAGGAAGGGGAACUUCAGCAUGGGGAUGAGGAGGUGCAAAGAAAGGUUGAUGAAAUAAAUUUUGAGGAUGAGGCUGAACGAAAGCACCUUGCUGGAAAAGCAAAGAUAAUGGAAAAUGUUGCAAAUGAUGUGCCUGUAAUCUCCUCUGAACCUGGUGAAGAUGUUGGUUCAAGUGAGCAGGAACAGGAAGGGGAACUUCAGCGUGGGGAUGAGGAGCUGCAAAGAGAGCUUGAUGAAGCUUUGGAGUUUUAUUUUAAAUUUGAGGAUGAUGCUCGACAAAAGUGCCUUGCUGAAAAAGCAAAAAUUAUUGAAAAUGUUGCAGAGGAUGUGCCUGUAAUUUCCUAUGAACCUGGUGGUGAAGGUGUUGAACUUGAUCCAAGUGAGCAGGAACAGGAAGGGGAACUUCAGCAUGGGGAUGAGGAGGUGCAAAGAAAGGUUGAUGAAAUAAAUUUUGAGGAUGAGGCUGAACAAAAGCACCUUGCUGGAAAAGCAAAGAUUAUGGAAAAUGUUGCAAAUGAUGUACCUGUAAUCUCCUCUGAACCUGGUGAAGAUGUUGGUCCAAGUAAGCAGGAACGGGAAGAGGAACAUCAGCGGGAGGAUGAGGUGCAAAGAGAGCUUGAUGAAACUUUGGAGUUGCAGAGCCAGAUUGAUAACGAGGCUGAACACAAACUUGAUGAACAAGAUAAGAAUGUAGGUGGACCCAGUGAGAAGAAUGUGGGAAGGUGGUUUUGCUGCUGUCUCCAGUGA